GUUUGUUCAGUGCAAAAGCAAUAAAAUGCUUCUUAAAUGUUUAAUUUUAUUAAGUUUAAAGCUCCUUGUUAUUUCUGCUCAGCAGUCGUCACCACGUUGUAGUUUUGCGAUUCAAAACGGAACUUAUGUGUGCAAUUUACAGAUACAAAAUAAUGACACUGAAGCUGACUUUUCAGUAAUUGAAGGAGAUCAUCUUGAAGGUUACAAUGACUCGAGUGUUCAACUUCUUCGUGCAUCUCAACAGACAACCUUCAACAUCCCUUCUAUAAUUUGCAGACAAUUUUCAAACAUAAAAGAGUUAAUUGUGAUUCUUUCACAAGUUCAAGUCAUAACACAAAGUUCAUUUGCUGGAUGUUCCGUCCUUGAGACUCUUAAGAUCUAUUACAACACAAUUACAGACAUUCCUCCUUAUACAUUCAUCAAUAAUCCAUUAUUAAGCUUUGUUGAUAUCGCCAGCAAUAGAAUCACUAGACUAGAACCAGGUGUAUUUAGAGGAACAUCUGUUAAGUCUUUAAGUAUUGAUGAGAAUCAGUUAACAACUUUUGAUGGCUCUUGGCUUGCUGAUAUUGCUGAAAGUCUAACAAUUUUAAAUUUACGGAAAAACCUGAUCACUGCACUUCCAUCACAAGCCUUCGUUCAGCUCAGGAAUCUUGAAUUUCUUGAUUUAGAUUCUAAUCAGCUCAGUGACAUCCCACCUGAUGCUUUUGAAGGACUUCAUAGUCUUCAAGAUCUUGUCUUUUACAGCAAUCGAUUGACAAGUCUCCGACCUGAAUGGUUCAACACUCUAGACAGCCUUCAGCGUCUCAGACUUGAGUACAAUGCGAUUCAGGAACUUCCAGUUGGAAUAUUUUCAUCAAAUAAUCAGCUUCAAAAGUUGUGGAUGUCAAAUAAUAACAUUAAGGUUAUUGACUCUAAUGCAUUUGGAGAUUUGCAGAAUUUGGAUGGAUUUUAUUUUGAAUUUAAUUCAAUUGAAGCCAUCGAUGAGAGAUUUUAUGAUCGAGCUGUAAAUUUAUUCAAUCUUUAUCUUUACUCCAACAACUGCACAUCAGGAUUCUUCACAGGAGUCAACAAUACACGAGCAGCAGUUCGAAAUGCCCUUCGACCAUGCUUUGAUAAUUUUGUUCCAGCAAAUAAUGGCUCAAUAUCGUGUGAAUAUGAUGUCAACGAGGACAUUGGAUACACUUGUACAAUGUUGAUUGAUAAUCCAUUGGGAAUUGAGUUUCAAGUGAUUCCUGGUGAUCAUGUGCCUAGCUUUGGCGAUGACAAUGUGACAAUGCUACAAAGUUAUUUGCAGAGAACCUCAAUUGUGCCUUCAAUUCUAUGCAGAAAGUUUGUGAAUUUGCAGUUUAUUUACAUCGCAAUGUGCAGAGUUGAGGAACUAAGCCGAGAAGCAUUUGAGAACUGUUUAAAUUUGGAAUAUUUAAGCCUUGACUUUAAUGAUGUGCAAGCCAUUCCAGACAACACAUUUUCAUCGUCACCAAAACUGAACACGUUGAGCUUCUUUGUCAAUAAAAUUACAGAAAUUGGACCAAAUGCAUUUACAGGAACAGCAUUAACUUAUUUAAAUCUUGGAAAUAAUCAAAUAUCAAGCAUAAAUCCAGUGUGGUUUGAAGACGGUCGUGGAGAUUUGCUGAGAUAUCUUCUUUUAGAUUCAAAUGACAUUAAGGAACUGCCAAGCAAUGGAUUCUCAACUUUAAGGAACUUAACUGAACUUAUUGUAACCAGCAAUCCAUUAGAGGACAUAGCAAGUGAUGCAUUUGCUGGCCUUGAAAAUCUUGAAAUAUUAAAUCUUGGAGGAUGUCAGCUUAAAAGUUUAAAUCCACAAUGGUUCAAUGACUUGACUAAUCUUCAAAGAUUUUAUGUCAUGCAAAAUGAGUUGACAGACCUUCCAGCUGACAUCUUCAACAAUGUCACGCACCUGAAUGUCGCUAAUAAUCAACUGCAAGCUAUCAACGCUAAUUCAUUCAGCAAUGUCAACAACUUAGUCGUCCUUAAUGCUCAAAAUAAUGAAAUUAAUGAAGUUGAUCCAAAUUUGUAUGAUGCAGAGUCGCUUUAUACUUUACAGCUCCUUAACAACGAAUGUGCAUCAAUAAAUAUUGUGAAUUUGCCACUAAAUCGAGAAUUUUAUCGAGAUCGGUUCGAGCUAUGCUUUGAGAACUUUAUGCUUGAAAAUUUUGGGUUUAUUGAGUGCCAAUACACGCAAGUUGAAGUCAUCGGGUACCACUGCAUCAUGUCUAUCUAUAAUGUUCGUGGAAAUGACAAUUAUGAGGAAAUUGAAGGCGAGCAUCUUGAGAAUUUUGGUAAUUCAGAUGUGGUUUAUCUUGAAGCUUAUCAGCAACAGACAACAAUCAUCCCGUCCAUAAUUUGUAGACAGUUUGUGAACCUUCAAAUGAUUUAUUUUGGAUUUAAUGGAGUUGAUGAGCUUUUUGCUGGGAAUUUUGAUGAAUGCAGGAAUUUAAAGGAUCUGAACAUUGAGGCUAAUAAUGUCAAGAUUCUACCUGAUUUGAUGCUUCAUAAUUCAGCACAUCUACAUACUUUUACUGCUGACAACAAUCAAAUCAGUCAGAUAGCUGAAAACGCAUUGACUAGAACUAGAUUAUCAAUAUUAAGGCUUGAAUCGAACCUUCUAACCAACUUCAAUGUCAAUUGGUUCAAUGGAAUUAAUGAAACCUUGCAGAUGCUGACAAUCAGGAACAACUCAAUCACAUCCAUGCCGGAAAAUGCAUUUGAGAACUUAAGGAAUCUACAGGAACUAGAAAUUGGGUUUAAUGACCUUCCAGACAUGCCAGAUAACAUUUUUCAAGGCUUAUCAAACCUUUUAUUUUUAUCACUCUCCAAUUGUAAUAUUCGUGACUUAAAAGCUGCUUGGUUCAAUGACUUGACAUCUUUAGGAAGUCUGUUCCUAAAUUAUAAUCAUUUAACGUCGAUUCCGGAUGGGAUUUUUAGCAACCAACUUGACAUGUAUGAAUUAAAUUUCAAUGGAAACCGAUUAAGUUCCUUGAAUUCUGAAGCAUAUGGGAACUUAUCAAGCAUCCUGUACAUCUCAGCAAUGAACAAUCGAAUCAAUUUGAUUGACCCAAAGCUUUAUGAUGAGUCAGCAAAUCUUUAUAAUUUAUUUUUAUUCAACAACCUUUGCGUGGAUGAUAAUUUCAUAUCCAUCAUCAAUAAUCGUGAGGAUACUCGUGAGCAUCUGCGGGCAUGCUUUGAGAAUCAUGAGAAUGAUGGAUUUAUAGAAUGCAACUAUAUCAAUGAUGCUGCAUAUACUUGUGAGUUGACUGUUCAAAAUGUUUUGGGAAGAGCGAAUCCAGACAGAAUUGGUGGACAGCAUGUUGACAAUCUUGGAGAUUCUAAUGUUUUAUUUGUUGAAGCUUUGUUGCAGCACACAGCAUCCUUCCCGUCAAUAAUAUGCAGGCAAUUUAGGAAUUUAUUGUAUAUUUAUAUUUUGGAAAGUAAACUUCAGGAACUGACCCAAGAAGUUUUCGAGAGCUGUACAAACUUAAAUGCUUUGAUUCUUGAUCAAAAUGAGAUUCGAGUUGUUCCUGACAAUGUCUUUUCGUCAUCACCAACAUUAUCCUUACUAAGCUUCUUGUCAAAUGAAGUCAAUCUGAUUCAACCAGACGCUUUUGCUGGAACUUCCUUAACUUAUGUCAAUCUUAAUGGAAAUCAUCUGACAAAAAUUGAUCCAGGCUGGUUUGAAGGAUCACGCAGUAAUAAUCUAAUGUACUUCAUGCUGGAUUCCAAUAAUAUUCAAACUUUAAGAAGCAAUGCCUUCCCGAACCUCCCGAAAAUCGUUGAAAUUUCACUGUCAUACAAUCAAUUAACAGACAUCGCAAGUGAUGCAUUUGCUGGACUGUCAAAUUUACAAAUUCUAGAACUUAAUAGCUGUGGACUAAAGACUCUUCAGCAUCAAUGGUUUAGUGAUCUUUCUGGAUUAUUACGGAUCUACUUAAAUCAAAAUAAAUUAACUGAACUUCCAGUGGCUAUUUUUGGGAACUUAACGCAUGUUUAUGUCGCUAGCAAUCAACUUCAAAGAAUCGACGCGAAUUCAUUUACAAGUUUAAGCAACUUGAUCCUUUUUAAUGGACGAAACAAUCAAAUUAAUAAAAUAGAUCCUGUAUUUUUUAAUGAUACACAGUCAAUGUAUAACUUACAGCUAAAUGGGAAUAUUUGUGUGUCAAUUGAUGUCAUGAACUUAGCAUUAAAUCGAGAGUAUUAUAGGCCAUUAUUUGAACAGUGCUUUAGCAAUUUUGAGGGUACAUAUUAACUAGGGAUUGAAUUAAUGUUAAGGGGAGAACAACUAGCUGUAAAAUAAUUAAAAAUAAAACAGUUGUUAAAUGAUUUGAAAUUCGUCGUAAAAAAGUUAUGAAACCAGUCCAGGGCCCAGUUUAGAAUGGUUUCUGGAGCCAGUUAAGAAUGGUUUCUGGAACCAGUUUAGAAUGGUUUCUGGAUGCAGUUUCAAAUGGCUUUUGGAGCCAGUUUAAAUGAUUUCUAGAGCCAGUUUAGAAUGGCUUUUGGAACCAGUUUAGAAUGGUUUCUGGAGCCAGUUUAGAAUGGUUUCUGGAUGCAGUUUCAAAUGGCUUUUGGAGCCAGUUUAAAUGAUUUCUAGAGCCAGUUUAGAAUGGCUUUUGGAACCAGUUUAGAAUGGUUUCUGGAGCCAGUUUAGAAUGGUUUCUGGAUGCAGUUUCAAAUGGCUUUUGGAGCCAGUUUAAAUGAUUUCUAGAGCCAGUUUAGAAUGGCUUUUGGAACCAGUUUAGAAUGGUUUCUGGAGCCAGUUUAGAAUGGUUUCUGGAUGCAGUUUCAAAUGGCUUUUGGAGCCAGUUUAAAUGAUUUCUAGAGCCAGUUUAGAAUGGCUUUUGGAACCAGUUUAGAAUGGUUUCUGGAGCCAGUUUAGAAUGGUUUCUGGAUGCAGUUUCAAAUGGCUUUUGGAGCCAGUUUAAAUGAUUUCUAGAGCCAGUUUAGAAUGGCUUUUGGAACCAGUUUAGAAUGGUUUCUGGAGCCAGUUUAGAAUGGUUUCUGGAUGCAGUUUCAAAUGGCUUUUGGAGCCAGUUUAAAUGAUUUCUAGAGCCAGUUUAGAAUGGCUUUUGGAACCAGUUUAGAAUGGUUUCUGGAGCCAGUUUAGAAUGGUUUCUGGAUGCAGUUUCAAAUGGCUUUUGGAGCCAGUUUAAAUGAUUUCUAGAGCCAGUUUAGAAUGGCUUCUGAAACCAGUUUAGAAUGAUUUCUGCAACCAGUUUAGAAUGGUUUCUGGAACCAGUUUUCAAUGGUUCUGGAACAAGUUUACAGUUGUUCUAAAAUCUUUACAAAGUGGUUCCAAAACCAUUUAAUGGUUGCCAACCCGAUUUGAAAUGUUUUUUUUUUAAAUAAGUAUUAAAUGUUUUACAAAAUGCUGUUCUUCCCUUGGUUCAAGCUAAAUAAAUAAUAAAGAAUUAAAAUUAAUUCAAUCAUAUUCAUUACUGUACAAAUAAAUAUAAAUUGUAACCUACAAAAUCUAUAUUUUACCACAAAGUAGCAAUUAAAAUGUUCCAAAUUAGUAAAUAAAAUUUAUUCAACUUA